AUGAAUGAAGAGCAACCUCAUGCUGAAGAUCGGUGCAUACUAUGGUCGGAUGGGAUGCAGCUGCUCAAAGACGCGGCAGAAGGAAAACAUUUCCUCCCUACCGGACUUGAAGGCAUCGAUACGCUUCUUGGAGGUGGGCUGCGCAAAGGCCAGUUGACAGAAAUAACCGGCCAGUCAUCUUCUGGUAAAACACAGGUCUGUCUAUAUUCUGCUGCACAUGUUGCAGCCAGGCAUAUGGGUCUUGUUCUCUACUUGGAUACUAGUAAUUCAUUCUCCCCUAGCCGAAUUGCUCACAUUCUUGAUGAACUACCCAUCUCUUUGAUCAAAGAGAUUACCCUAAAACUUUUUGACCAUGUGAUUUCUAAGCACCCGAUUUCCAACAUGCAGCCAAAGGAUGUGAGGCUUAAGAGGGUCAUGAGCAGUAUCAUUUGUGAGUCUGUAUUUGAUAUAUUUGCUUUGUUUGAAGUACUAGAUCGACUUGAAGUCUCAUUGAAUGGAAAGGUAACUAAUGGCAGUAACAGGAUAUGCCUGCUUAUCAUUGACUCGGUAUCAUCUCUACUUGCUCCCAUUAUCGGCGGGAAGAAUUCACAAGGGCGGUCGAUGAUGAUAUCAGUGGCGAUGAUUCUUAAGAAGUUGGCACAUAAGCACAAUCUAUCUGUUCUGGUAACGAAUCAUAUGGUCGCCGGGAAUGGAGCUCCAAAACCUGCCCUUGGUGAGAGCUGGAAAGCUGUUCCACAUAUUCGCCUGAUGAUCUCUCGUGAUCGUGGGAGCAAUAUCUGCACCGCGACGGCACUGAAGCACACGCUACUGAACUUUGUGCUGGCUGCCUUGGGGUUUUGUUUGGUUCCUGACAGUCUGCUUUGUUGCAGGCUUGUGGUCGCCAUAUGA